AUGGCGUUUGCUGAUCUGAGAGAGGAGCUGACCUGCUCCAUCUGUCUGAGUAUUUAUACAGAUCCUGUAACCCUGACAUGUGGACACAGCUACUGCCAGGUCUGUAUUGGGAAUGUGCUGGACACACAGGAGGGAUCCGGAGCCUAUAGGUGUCCUGAAUGCAGAGUAGAGUUUCAGGAACGUCCGGCACUGGAGAAGAAUAGGAAGCUGUGUAACAUAGCGGAGAGUUUCCUAUCUAAUCACCCAGAGCAGCAGGAGGAAGCUCGGAUCCUCUGUACUUACUGCAUUCAAUCUCCUGUAUCUGCUGCUAAAACAUGUCUGCUGUGCGAAGCUUCUCUGUGUGCUGAACACCUAAAGAGACACAGCAAAUCAGAGGAACAUGUCUUAAGUCAACCCACCACUUAUUUUGGCAGCAGAAAAUGUCCAAUCCAUAAGAAAAUACUGGAGUAUUAUUGCUCAGAAGAUGCUGUCUGUAUCUGUGUGUCCUGCUGCCUGAUCGGAUAUCACAAGGGACAUCAGAUGGAGUCAUUACAUGAGGCAUCUGAGAGGAAAAAGAAGAAACUGAAAAAUGUUCUGGACAAACUGACCUCAAAGAGAGAGGAGGCUGAGAAAAGUGUUCUGAGUCUGCAAAAGCACAAGAGAGAAGUGCAAGUGGAAGCAGCUGGGGUAACAGAGCGCGUUACUGCCCUGAUUAGAGACAUCAAGGAACAGCUGGAAACCCUGGAGAAGCACAUCCACGUUGAGAUCUCCAGGCAGGAAAAGCAGGUCUCACUCCGAGUCUCAGAUCUAAUCCGGCAACUGGAAAUAAAGAAGGAGGAGCUGUCCGGGAAGAUGGAUCACAUUGAGGAGCUUUAUAACAUGACGGACCCAAUUACUGUAUUACAAGGGCAGGAAUCAGACUGUACUGAUAUUUCUGAUGUUGAGGCAGAAGAUAAGGACACAGAGGAUAGAAAGGUUCAUGCUGUAGGAGAUCUGGAUGUAGAUCUGAUCACACAGACCUUACACACAGGUUUAGAUUACAUUGUCUCUGGAGUAAAGAAACGGCACCAUGUUCUGGAGGCUUUAGACAUAUUACUGGAUGUGAACACUGCUCAUAGAAGAGUUACUGUAUCAGAUGACUUAAUGACUGCAUCUUAUUCAGAAAUGCCUUGUAGUUAUUCAAGAGCCCCGGAGAGAUUUCUGAAGCAUGCUCAGGUGUUAAACACCAGGAGUUUUUCCUCAGGCCGACAUUACUGGGAAGUGGAGUGCAGUGAUUUAGGGCAAUGGUGUGUAGGGGUGACAUAUCCCAGUAUAGAGAGGGAGGGAGAUCAGUCAUGGAUUGGGGGUAAUAACAAAUCCUGGGGAUUAUGGAAAUUUGAAAGUGGGAGCUAUUCUGUAAGACAUGACAAUAAAAUAAUCUCUUUACGUGAUAUCCCUACCUGUCUGAGAUUUGGAAUAUACCUGGAUUAUGGGGCUGGACAGAUCUCCUUCUAUGAGCUGUGUGACCCAAUCAGACACUUACACACCUUCACUGCCACCUUCACUGAGCCGCUUCAUGCUGGGUUCAAUGUAACAAACAAAGCUUGGGUGAAGAUCAGAAGCCAGGAUUAAUUAUUUCUGAUAUUUUCGGCUCAUGGAGAGGAAUCUAAUUGGUUCAAAGACAGCCAGUGGGAACUGGAAAGCUGCUCCCAAACUGAAAAGUAUUAAUUAACUAAACAGUGAAUUGUGAUACAUUGUAAACCUAAUUGCUAAAUCUAGGCUUAAAUAGAUUAUUUUGAAAAAAAAAUCUAACUUACCGAAGUGGCUAUUUUAGCCUGAAUCUUGCUAUUAUCAGUGCAGCAUUACACUCAUUGUAUGUUAAAAUAGAGGAUCAGUGUAUUAUUGUGUAUAAUAGGACCAUAGCUGGGUGUAUGAGAAUUGUGUAUUUAUAGGUAGGAUAAGUAGGAAUGUGUGGAUAUUAUCAUUGUGUAUGUGAUAAGUGUAGUGCGGUAUGUGUAUAUUAGGGCUGUGGAUGUGUGUAAGUGAAGUAUAGGAUUCUUUGUUGGUAUCUUUGUAUUAUGACCGUAAGAGCAUAUAUGUAUGUUUGUAUAUUGUGACUGUAGGUGUGCACCAUACAUCUAGGCGUUCAUAUAGAAUAAGCAUAUAGGAUUUAUACAAUAGGAAUGCAUAUGUGAUGACAGUAUAUCUGUAGGUGUGUAUAGGAUAUGUUUAGGGGUCUCUAUACUAGGGCUGGUGCAUGUGUAUCAGGUAAGUGUAAGACUGAUAUUAUGACAGUAGGUAUGUGUAGGAUUGGUGGAGUGUGCAUAUUAUGACUGUAGACAUGUGUAUAUAGGAUACAUGUAGGUUUGUGUUUGUUUCAGGACUGUUAUUGUGUGUAGGUAGGACUGUGUGUGUUUUAGGACUGUCAGUGUGUGUCGGAUGUGUGGUGAUAAUGACUGGUGUCUGUAUGUUGUAUUUUAUUGUCAGUGUGUGUAAGAUGUGUGGUGAUAAUGACUGCUGUCUGUAUGUUGUAUUUUAUUUUCGUUGUCUGUGUAGGAUGUGUGGUGAUAAUGACUGCUGUCUGUAUGUAGUAUUUUAUUGUCGGUGUGUGUGUAGGAUGUGUGGUGAUAAUGACUGCUGUCUGUAUGUAGUAUUUUAUUGUCGGUGUGUGUGUAGGAUGUUUGGUGAUAAUGACUGCUGUCUGUAUGUUGUAUUUUAUUGUCGGUGUGUGUAGGAUGUGUGGUGAUAAUGACUGCUGUCUGUAUGUUGUAUUUUAUUUUCGUUGUCUGUGUAGGAUGUGUGGUGACAAUGACUGGAGUCUGUUUGUAGUAUUUUAUUGUGGGUGUGUGUAGGAUGUGUGGUGAUAAUGACUGCUGUCUGUAUGUAGUAUUUUAUUGUCGGUGUGUGUAGGAUGUGUGGUGACAAUGACUGGUGUCUGUACGUAGUAUUUUAUUGUCGGUGUGUGUGUAGGAUGUGUGGUGAUAAUGACUGCUGUCUGUAUGUUGUAUUUUAUUGUCAGUGUGUGUAAGAUGUGUGGUGAUAAUGACUGCUGUCUGUAUGUUGUAUUUUAUUUUCGUUGUCUGUGUAGGAUGUGUGGUGACAAUGACUGGAGUCUGUUUGUAGUAUUUUAUUGUGGGUGUGUGUAGGAUGUGUGGUGAUAAUGACUGCUGUCUGUAUGUAGUAUUUUAUUGUCGGUGUGUGUAGGAUGUGUGGUGACAAUGACUGGUGUCUGUACGUAGUAUUUUAUUGUCGGUGUAUGCAGUAAUAGAUAUAACACAUUGAGUUUUGUCACAUCUAAUAGGUGUAAGCGAGGUUAUGCUGGGUAGCAGUGAGUCAGUCUGAGCUGCCCCAUAACUGGAGUAAUAGGGGUAUAAGAGAGACUAAUCCUAAAGAAAUAAACAGGAAUCCAUAGAAUGGAGAGAUUAAUAAUAAGAAAAGGUGUUGGUGUCGAGGGGAUAAUGACAGGAUCAAUAACUGAGAUCAAUCAGAAUAGAGGGGGUGGGAGGUAUUUAAAGAAACUGAAUCUAAUUGAUGAAUUAACCUUUUUACUUGGAUCCUGGAAUAAUGGGUCCAUGUGCCAGCGAGGUUAUUCUAGGUAUUAGUAAUCAGUGGGAGGUCAGCCUCCAGCGAUAUAAUAUAUGGACUGAGAGAGGGGAAUGAGCCAGGCAUUAGAUAUAGCCAAGUCAUAGAUCAGAAUCAGAAUCCAAGAAUGUAAGAAGCCAGGCUAUAUCUUAUCUUAUGGAACGUGUUGCAUCUCUUGUUACCUUAUAAUUUUGAAGCAAAGGCAUUGCUGGUGGGUUUUGGGGUGGAAUCCCCGGAUGUGGGCGUCUCUAGCUAACGUUUCUAUAGUUGGUGAUGGAUGUAGAAGAAUUAUAGUAGUUCUUUAUUUUUAUAUCACGCUGCUGCUUCUUAAAGCAACCACUUAUUCCAAAAAUAAGAUCAGUAGUAUAGUGCUCUUCCAGUCUGCUUAGGGAGUCAGAGUCGUGGCUGUGCGGAGGAGGUACUGCGGAACAGAGCUACACAGGGAUAGGGGUUGUUGAGUUUUGCUUUAGGUUAAAGCCCCGGGUGUUUCUGGAACCUGGUAAUGCCAAUCCUUUGAAUUUUAAUUUACAUGAGGAGAUUGACUUUAAAAGGUCCUUUUGGUUCAAUAAUGAGAUUUGUAUGUGGUUACCUAGAAAUGACAUAUUUAAUUUAGUAUAAAUUGAUUAGCAUAAUCAGCUUACAUCGUGACAGGUAUUAUUUAUGAAAUUAAAGUCUGUAUAACUAUACUGUAUAUUCAAAACUUGUCAUUCUCUAUGGGUAGAUCCUGCAUCUAUAGCGAUUUAGGCCUCAAUUUAAUAUUGUUGAUAAGCAUUCUAAACAAUUUAAUCAACUUUUACAAUUAUUUUUUCAACAUAUUAAAAUAUCAGAAAAUAUAUGUAAAAAUAUUUCACUAAAUAAAAAUAUCAAAAUAUUACAAAAUGAACAUAUUUUCAAAAUAUAAUUUUUUAAAAUAUAUCCAACAAUUUGGAUGAUGUGAAGAUGUUUAUGGGGUGAUUAAUAUUAAAAAUAAUAUUUUAUAAAAAAUUAUCAAAAAUGUAUUUAAUUCAUGUAAUAACUUUAAAAACAAAUUGUGUCUGAGCUGUGCAUUUUGUUACAAAAUGGGGUCACAUCUGCCAAGUGGUGACUUACAGUAUACAUUUUUACUUUCUAACACAAAAUUCUGCCAGUGAAAAUACCUGACAAUAACAAUGGCCUUGAUUUCAUAAACUUUCCGAAUGACUGAAUACUGUUAGAAAACGUUUCUAUAGGAUUCAGAAGUCAUCAUUAGAUUCUAUGGGAAUUUUAGUAGAUAAAUCAUUUAAAAGAUUAAAUAGUGGCCUAUAAGGAGUUUACUUAAUUUGUUAGGCAAAUGUAUUAAUUAUAUUAUUAUUAUAUUAAUCACCCUUUGCAAUAAAUAUAUCAACAUUUUUACGAGUACUUUUUGACACCCUUUUCUAAUAAGCUUAGAGGGUAAGGGCGGGGAAGCUGCAUUGUUUGAGCGCGGUGGGAGGAGUAUCAAGGUCUGUAUUUGUAGCAAUUGAGCCUUAGAACGUACAAUGUGAUAGUGUGUAGAAAUG